AUGUUCGCCAAAGGGAAGGGCUCGGCGGUGCCCUCGGACGGGCAGGCGCGGGAGAAGCUGGCGCUGUACGUCUACGAGUACCUGCUGCACGUCGGCGCCCAGAAGUCGGCGCAGACCUUCCUGUCCGAGAUCCGGUGGGAGAAGAACAUCACGCUGGGCGAGCCCCCCGGCUUCCUGCACUCCUGGUGGUGCGUGUUUUGGGACCUUUACUGCGCAGCCCCCGAAAGGCGAGACACUUGUGAACAUUCGAGCGAAGCGAAAGCCUUUCAUGACUACAGCGCAGCUGCUGCCCCGAGUCCCGUGCUUGGAAACAUUCCCCCGAACGAUGGGAUGCCCGGGGGCCCCAUCCCGCCCGGUUUCUUCCAGGGACCGCCUGGGUCACAGCCCUCGCCACACGCACAGCCUCCACCCCACAACCCUAACAGCAUGAUGGGACCCCACAGUCAGCCGUUCAUGUCGCCGCGCUACGCCGGAGGUCCCCGGCCCCCCAUCAGGAUGGGCAACCAGCCCCCGGGCGCCGUUCCCGGUACACAGCCGUUGCUGCCCAAUUCGAUGGAUCCCACGCGACAGCAAGGGCACCCUAACAUGGGCGGCCCCAUGCAAAGGAUGAAUCCUCCACGAGGGAUGGGCCCCAUGGGUCCCGGUCCGCAGACUGACCCUUGGUUAUCGUUGCAGAACUACGGCAGCGGCAUGAGACCUCCACCCAACUCCCUAGGUCCCGGCAUGCCUGGAAUUAACAUGGGGCCGGGAGCCGGCAGACCGUGGCCGAACCCCAGCAGUGCUAACUCAAUCCCAUACUCUUCUUCAUCGCCUGGUACAUACGUGGGUCCGCCCGGCGGCGGCGGUCCUCCGGGGACACCCAUCAUGCCUAGUCCCGCAGAUUCAACAAAUUCAAGUGACAACAUCUACACAAUGAUUAAUCCAGUACCGCCCGCAGGCAGUCGAUCGAAUUUCCCGAUGGGCCCCGGCUCCGACGGCCCCAUGGGUGGCAUGGGCGGCAUGGAGCCCCAUCACAUGAACGGAUCGUUAGGGUCAGGAGACAUAGAUGGACUUCCAAAAAAUUCUCCAAACAACAUAAGUGGCAUUAGCAAUCCCCCGGGCACUCCAAGAGACGACGGGGAGCUGGGAGGCAACUUUCUCCAUUCCUUCCAAAAUGACAAUUAUUCCCCCAGCAUGACGAUGAGUGUGUGAUUUCCCUCCCCCUCCUCCUCUCCAGGAUCAAGAGAGUCAGCUGCCGUUCGGAGGAUCUCAACGAAUUA